GGAAAAUCGCGACAAGACGAUAUGUCCGGAGGUAAUCGAAAACCCAAAUCACUAUCAAAAUCUCUUGCUCCAGUGCCGCAUGAAAUAUUCAUCGCCAAUAUCGUCCACGAUGAAGAAUGGAGACGAGAUUACAGUAAAGAUACCAAAAAAUACCUUUCUUGGAUGCCAACUACCCACGUCAUCGGCAAAGAGGACUUCGAAAAUCUGCUUAAACACCCGACUGUUGCUGACAAAGUGGAUUUUAUUUCAGGAAGUGUUGAUCUUGUUCUUUCGAACAUGUACGUGAAAUGCAAUAAUUCAGAAUAUAUGGUGUGCAAAGUGAGAAUCCCGGACAUUGAUAAACCAGAAAUCAUCUGUCACUGGCCAACUGAACCAAAGGCUCAUUAUAAAAAGUCAAAACGAUCAAUGACAGAGCCAGACGAAGAAGAUGACCGAGUUUUAGAACAACAUGAAAAAGAAAUCGCUCAUCUCGUGGCGGAAAACACUAAUUUGCGUCAAGAGCUCGCCAUUCUGAAGCAGUCUUUUGAAGAGUUCAAGAAGGCGGCUGAAUUGGCUAGAAAUCGUGACAAGGCAGACUUUUGGGCUGAAAUCAACCAAAUGAAACAGGAUAUCAUCAAAAGAUGAAAGUUCUCCGAAUGCAUUGUCGUAAAUCAAUGCUCUGUCGUCCUUAUUUUUAAAAUUUUCCUUCUUCUAAUUACUGUUCAUAUCAUCUAUAAUUAUGUUUUGUUUCAAUGACAGCUUGUAUUGUAUCAGACUGAAUUUGAUUUUUUUUAUUGUUUCAUAAAUAUUCAAAUUUUU